UGCAAGAUCCCAACUUAGGCAGAUUUUCUGUGGAGCAGUUACUCAGUAAUCAUAGAUACUGAAAGCUAAAUCUAUAAAUACACUGCCUCUUUCUCUUCAAUCGCAUUACCAAACAUUUCUUGCUAUUUGAAGAAGAAAAAUUCACAAUGGGUGUUUUCACAUUGGAAACAGAGAAUGCCGCAACAGUUGCACCAGAAAAACUGUUCCAGGCCGUUGUUCUUGAUUGUGAUACCAUUGGCCCCAAGGCUGUGCCGCAGGCCAUCAAGUCUGUUGAAACCCUUGAAGGCAAUGGCGGAGCGGGAACCAUCAAGAAGAUCACUUUCGGUGAAGCGGCGAGCCAUUUGGGUUACGUGAAGCACAGGGUUGAUUCAAUAGACAAGGAGAAGUUCAUAUACAAUUACACUGUAAUAGAAGGCGGUGCCUUGGAUGACACGCUUGAGAAGAUCACAUAUGAGAACAAGAUAGUGCCUUCGCUGGAUGGAGGAUCUGUCUGGAAGACGACCUGCAAGUUUUAUCCCAAAGGGGACAAGCAAGUUGAUGAAGAGAAAUGCAAGAAUGCCAUGGAAAGGGCCUCUGGGAUUCUCAAGGCUAUUGCAGCCUAUCUUAUGGCAAAUCCUAACUAAUUGCUUAGCUUUUAUGGGAUUUUAUUUGUUCUGUUCAUCUAUGAAGGAUCAAGCUCAUGCCUUUGAUCAUGUUUUCAGUAAAUAAAUCUGCC